GCAAAUUCCAUGGCUUUCGAAAAUUAUGUUUAGCCCUCAAUCCCUCAUUUUGAUGGUCAUCACUACGACCUUUGGAGUAUGUUAAUGGAGAAUUUUCUUCGGUCCAAAGAGUAUUGGACUAUUGUUGAAUCUGGAGUUCCAGAACCAACAGUAGGUGCAAAUGUUGCACAGAGGGCAAAAAUUGAGAAGGAAAAGUUGAAAGAUCUCAAGGCUAAGAACUAUUUGUUCCAAGCCAUAGAUUGUGUUAUCUUGGAAACAAUUCUUAACAAGUCUACUUCCAAGACUAUUUGGGAUUCCAUGAAGAAGAAGUACCAAGGGAAUGAAAGAGCAAAGCGGCAGCAGCGUCAGGCUUUGCAAGCAGAAUUUGAAAGUCAAGGAAAGGAAAACUGGAAAGGUAGAUCGAAAUUUGUCAAACUGAGACCUGGAAAGCUAGAGGAAAGUUUAGCCCCUGGAAAUCAAAAGAGGUGGCAGAACAGAAAUUAUCAAGUUGUAGAUAACAAAACCCAAUCUGUAGGCAAGGCAAAUAUUGAAUGCUUCAGAUGUCAUAAGUAUGGCCACUAUCAUUCUGAGUGCUGUGCUAAUCUGAAUAGAGGAAAAAGUUCCAAUUUUGCAAAACAUAAUGAGAAGAAUGAUGAUUCCUCUCUAUUCAUGGUCUAUCAUCCUAAAGAAGUUAGCAAGAAGAAUGUGUGGUAUCUAGAUACUAGUUGCAGCAACCACAUGUGUGGAGACAAAUUUGCGUUUUCAGAUCUGGAUGAGUCUUGUCAAGACAAGGGGAAAUUUGGUGAUAAUUCCACUAUUGCAGUCAAAGGAAGGGGAAAGGUAACCAUUCGUGCCAAAGACAAUUCAAUUCAAACUAUUGCUAAUGUUUUGUAUGUACCAGAUUUGAAGUCGAAUCUGCUUAGUCUGGGACAACUUCAAGAGAAAGGAUAUGAAAUCCUAAUUAAAGAUGGAGUUUGCCAACAAAAGAAGAUGAUAAAUGGUCUUCCUCAUUUUGAUUCUCCUUCAGAAAUUUGUGAAAUCUCCGUGGUCAAUAAACAGCACCGUGAUGGCUUUCCUAAAGACAGAUCUUGGAGAACAAAUCACAAAACAUGGGUGUAUUUUUUGCAGACCAAGUCAGAAGCCCUAGCAGCUUUUAAAAAUUUCAAAGUAUUGGCUGAGAAUGAGGCUAGCAGAUCUAUAAAGGUUUUGCAUAUAGAUAGUGGUGGUGAGUUUAACUCAAAGGAGUUUGUAGAUUUUUGUGAGUCCAAUGGUAUUAAAAGACAAUUCACAAUAACCUAUACACCCCAGCAAAAUGGUGCAUGUGAGAGGAGGAAUCGCAUAAUCAUGAAUAUGGUCCAAAAUCUGAUGUCAAAGAGUGGCUCACCUAAAGAGUUUUGGCCAAAAACUGUUAAUUGGAGUGUUCAUAUCUUGAACAGAAGUCCCACAUCUCCACUUCCAGAUAUGACACCAGAAAAGGCUUGGAGUGGAUGCGGACCUGUUGUUGACUACUUCAGAAUUUUUGGGUGUAUAGCAUAUGCGCGUCAGAUCAGAAAAGGAAUUCUUGCAAAUUUCGAAAAUGGAGAAAAUCUAACUAUGAAGAACUCAAAAGGUCAGACACAGCAGACUGAAGGUUUAACUUCAACAGAUCUCAAAGUUUCAAGACAAAUAGUUGAAGAAAGUCUGCCUGCAGCAGCAGAACUUAGUAUUGGAGGAAGUCUGCCAUCAACACCAAAAUUGGAAUUUGGAACUAGUUCAUGACCUCAACGCAAAAAGAGAAGAUCAACAUGGUUGGAGGAUUAUAAGGUAACAGAUCUACCUCAAGAUGAUGUUCCAGUCACUCAUUUUGGUCUAUUUGUAGAUUGUGAUCCAUUGACAUAUGCAGAAGCUGUUAAAGAAGAAAAGUAGCGAAAAGCCAUGGCAGAAGAAAUUGGUUCUAUUGAA